AUGCGCAUUGAUGAACUACCACCGGAAACUAUAGAAGAGAUCCUGCUUCAUGCAGAUCCCACUAGCGUCGCCUCACUGUCCCAAUGCUCCCGCUUUUUCGAUAUCCUGAUCAAUCAUGGCCCAGACCAGCAUUUAUGGCGAUGGCUUUAUCUCAUUCAGCAACUUGAUGAUCCCAGGGAAUGCGUAUCCCUCAGUGGUGACCCUCGGAAGGAUAUUGACUGGAAGGGGGAGCUUCAGGCGUUCAUUCGUGCCCGAAGAGUGGUCAAGGACGUUACCGUAUGUCGGCCAGCUGAGCGAUGCGCCAUUCUGCGGACUAUGAUACAUCUGGUGGAGUACGUACCGCCGCGGAGAGGGCCAUAUAAUGGUGAUAUGUCGAAGAACUUGGCUUGGAUUCGGAAUGUCCUCGGCGGUGGGGCGUUUAUCGACCCAGAGACGUUCAACUGGGUGCCCACUGAUCCUGAGGAGAUUCAAUUACGCGACAAGUUGCACACCUACCUGGGAAUCACCCCUGCGGAUCGUACGCCACGUGCAUUGGUCAAGUCGAGGGCGUAUGUGUAUGAUUUUAGGAACUACUCGUGGGAGACGGACUUUGGACCGUUCUUCGAAGAUGGAAAGGUAAAUUGGGAACAUCUUAGAAUGGUACGUCAUGUACUGGCGAUGCACGUACAUGGCGCGGAGGCUACGCCUUUACAAAUGAGUUUAGAAUUUACGCAGAUACAGACGGUGGCCUUGGAGAAUACUAGAGAUUGGGCCGGUAUCGAAGGGAUUUGGUGGUGUGGAUUUUGUUUUUGCGACCAUUCAGAUCUUACAUUAUAUAAUUUGUCGACAAUGGCGGAUGGCUCUCUGGAUGUCAGCCUUUUCGAAGAUCCUGGGUUCAAUGAUGUUUUUCGUUCCGUGGAAGUAACUAUCCGCGUUUUGGAGGUCUCGCCGGAUCCUAAACAUCCCAAAUACCCGCGCAUAUACUUUGGAGGUUCUAUGGGACAGCAUUCCAUGUCCACGAUGAGUGGAUACGUGCAUAUGACGGACGAUAAUCAAGUCCGGUGGCGUUUUCGGUCUGGAGAACAAGUAAAUCCCAUAUGGAGCUCGGAAGGAAUCCAAGUGGGGGGAUUACGGGCUCUGUAUGGUGUUCUUGGAACCUGGACAACAACUUUUCAUAAUCCGAAUGAUCCAGUCGGACCAUUUUGGCUUCGAAAAGCAAUCGAUCUUCCUCAAGAAGACUGA